UAGUUUCGUGGCAGACAUUAUGCAGAAUAUGCCAAUGGUGACGUGGUUGUUUAAUUAUGAUUUAUAGAAAGAAAAGACCGUCGAAAAUGGACAAUAAAUCUUUGUCGAAGAAAAAUGAUUUUUAAUUUUGAUAUAAGUUUUGUUUUAUUUACCUUUUUGCUUCUUACUAGCUUUUCCCAACAUAAGACCCAGGUGGAGGUGGAUAUUGAAACUAGAGAAGAUGAUGGAUGCCUUUAUGUUAAAUGUGGUGUCAAUGAGUUUUGUUGUGAUGGAGAGUGUUGCUUAAAUUUAUCACGAAACUGGUUUACAUGGUUUGUCUUGGUUGGUAUCAUUUUUGUGAUAAUCUUGCUUUGCUUAUUCAUGCCUUGCUUUCGAAAAAUGGAAGAUAAUAUUAAAUCCACUCAAUAUUAUUUUAUAUCACCUGAAAAAUAUCAACAUUAUGACACUAUGCCCUACAAACAACAGCCAUCUAUUUCCCAGAACAGUACAAGUAUCUCAGAAAGACGACAGCCAUAUACAUACGAAAGAUACAUACAACAAACUUCACGGAAUGAAUGGAAUCAACCAACACCAUCUGCACCACCUAAAAGUCCAUAAUAUUUAAUAAAAAAGAACUAUUUAUUUUAUUUCACUCCUACUAUGUAUAUUCGUUAUUUAAACAGGCAAAAACUAGAAAUAAUUAUAAGUAAGGUGCAGGUUAUUUAAUAUGCAGUAUAUUUGAUGCUAUAUUUUGCUUAGUAUUUCUGUAUUUAAUGAGGAAUUGUACAAAGCUUGACGCUUA